CCGUAUUUGGUGAGGGCGCUGUGUGAGUUGUGGUGGGGAUACGGCGGCGGAGGGGGUAUCGAUGGAUAGAGGUAUAAGUGCCAUUUGCAGUAGUCACAAUGGCGUGGCACGGUGAGCAUCGUGCGUUUGUUGUGGAAGAGUAUAUUCGUAAUGGUGAAUCGGUGAUUACUACUCAGCGAGCAUUUCGCAUUCGGUUCGAACUUGGCCGACAUGAUCCUGUUCCGGAUAGAAAAACUAUUCACGUUUGGGUAUCAAACUUUAGAGCAACAGGUUCUGCACUGAAAAAGAAAUCGCCUGGCCGACCUCGGACCGUAACAACGCCGGAAAAUGUGGCGCGUGUGAGAGCGUCCAUCCAGCAAUCUCCAAAGCGUUCAGCACUUAAACAUGCAGCUGCCCUGGGAUUGUCUGACAGGAGUGUAAGAAGAAUCCUGCACAGAAAUCUACACAUGCACCCAUACAAAAUGAUGGUUACCCAAGAAUUAAGUGAGAGAGAUUUUGAAACUCGCAAAGCUGCGUGUGAGGACAUUCUUCAGAACAUUCCCUCUGGCGCUGUUUUGAUUUCAUCUGAUGAGGCCCACUUCCACUUGUCAGGUACUGUAAAUAAACAAAAUUUCCGCUACUGGUCAGCAGAAAACCCUCAGGAACUUCACCAACGACCACUUCACAGCCCUCGUGUGACAGUUUGGUGCGCCGUUGCUGAAUUUGGCUUCGUCAAUGUGUGAACAAUGGAGGACGCCAUUUACCGGAAAUAAUUUUUAAAACCAAGUAAUGUAAAAUAGCAUCGUAUUUGUUGUUCACAAAUAAAAGUAUUUUUUCUGUAUCUUUCUUUGUUUGUUUGUAACGGCCUUUUGAAAUACGGGAGGUCGAUUUGCCGGACCC